AUGUGUGUGUGUGACACGGCCUGCAGCUGCGAAGCAUUGAAGAGCCAAGCGCACAGUGUCAAACAAUACAAACACACACCUACCAUCAGCAUCAGAACCUUACCGGCAGAAUGCCUGCGGCGGAGCAGGGGGGCACAGGGUGCGUAACAUUUGAUAGCGCUAAUGCGUUAAGUCCACGUACCGGUGUCCCCCUGCAGCUGCAAACUACGCCACAUCAAUAUCAGCAUCAGCUUCAGCUUCAGCAUCAGCAUCAUCAGCAACAGCAACAACAAAAUAUGCAUACCAUGCAACAUACAACACAGAAGGGCUACGAUGCCGAACAAGCGCGCAUGGAAGCGUGGAUGGAUGAGAAUCAAGAAUUUAUACAGGAUUAUUUUAUAAGGUAA